AUGAAGAGUGAAUUGAUGCCUGAUCCCGAUGCCCACGCCUGUAAACGCCACGCCCCCGAUAGAUCGUACCAGUUUAGCGACACGACGGUGUCCGCCAUAGAUCAAGAUAUUGGUCUCGAUCAGAAGAAUCGACGUUCGGUUACCAAUGCAUAUUCUUGCGUGUGGAAUGACGCAAGUCUCCUGUCAAUUACAACGGCAGUGGCAGCGUUGGAUCUUCAAAUCCAAGAGGCCAUCACUUAUGCCAUUGUAGUAAGAACCUCCGCCGUACUCCUUAAUUUUCCCGUCUCCAGCCGCAACAAGUUCCUAUAUGAAGAUAGGAAGUCCCUCACGACAAGUUGCUUGACUGAGCAGCGUGGGGAAACCAAGAGUGGCAUGGUGACGUGGAUGGUGGUUCUCAGUGUCGUCAAAGAGCCUCAGAUCUGGGCAAUGUAUGCUAAGGGGCUCAUUCGGAUCUUUGAAGUUAACCCGGUGAUACAGGCAUCACAUACAUAUAAUGCUCCUAUGGGCUAUGCGGAUGCUUUCCACCUCUACACCCCUCCGGUUGCGUUUGCCAACGCUAGCCCCAUAUCUAUCUCAGGGGUAUCAGAUAAUACCCCGAUCCAAAGUCCAUUCGCCGUUAUCAAGUACGGCAUCGCUAUUGUCGAGCUAUCCAUAACCGGGCUUCUUAACUCACCCGCUCCUAGAUACGUCGACAUCUUCGUCCGAAUAGCAGGUACAACGGCCUUAACCACGACAGUAUUUGCAUUAGGCCAGAGCAACGUCCGAUCAGACGCAAGGAGUGUUACCACCGUCAUGCAAGUAGUCAUUUGCGGUUAUUUGUUUGAUGUCUUGGUUGUGUGUGGUAUUAUGCUGUACUGGCAUAUUCCCAAGUUGGAUUUGACCCUUCCGGUCAUUUUCGGUGUCACAGGCGAUGGAAGAAAACAUACAUGGAAGCAACAACAAGCAUCAGCCCGGCCCCCACAUCUUUCCUCCAGUGUAUAUGGAGUGAAUGAAUCCGAAAUAGUGGGAUUGGGAGCAUCUACAGGUCAAAGACAAGGCUGA